UCUCUUCUUCUCUCUUAAGACCGCCUCUAUAUCUGUGUCAAAUUCUGAGUCUCUCUUCUUCAACUUCUCUCCCUCAGGCUCCUUCUCUCUCUAAUUCGAGAUACCUCCAUUUCAUCCCACUUCCCAAAGUCAUUCUCUCGUAAUACACAACAUCCAACACCACCACCAUGGAUUCCUCUUCUUCUUCUUCCCCUAACUGGCUCGCUUUCUCUCUCUCCAACCCCUUAUCUUCCUCCUCACACUUCCCUCUUUUCCCUUCCUUCACCUCUCCAUCCCCUACACCCACUCUAUCUCUAACAGGUAACGCCGUCGACUCGCCGGCCGAAACCAAGGAUGGUGCGAUCGGAGGAGCACCAACUAGUCUCUCGAUGUUCACCGGGGGUCCUAAGUUCGAGGACUUCCUGGGCGGCGUCGGCGGAGCCACCCCCGCCCCCGCCUCUGCCACUGCCCCAAUAGCGCCAGCGCCUCCGCAGUUCUCUGCCGACAACACUCUGAGCACGGUGGUGGAAAACGAGUUAUACGAUUCAGAGCUGAAGACGAUAGCGGCCAGCUUUCUUCGCGGCUUCGCUUCGGGAGGAGGGCAAGCUGAGCAGCAACAGAAACAGGCUCAGCUAGUUCCGGCUGAGCCGUCCCCCAAGAAGAGCGUCGACACCUUCGGCCAACGCACCUCUAUAUACCGCGGCGUCACACGGCAUAGAUGGACCGGACGAUAUGAAGCUCAUCUAUGGGAUAACAGUUGCCGGAGGGAAGGGCAAAGUCGGAAAGGAAGACAAGUCUAUUUGGGUGGCUACGAUAAGGAAGAGAAGGCGGCAAGAGCUUAUGAUCUCGCAGCCCUCAAGUACUGGGGUCCGACCACCACCACCAACUUUCCGAUUUCAAACUACCAGAAAGAACUGGAAGAGAUGAAGAACAUGACAAGGCAAGAGUUUGUUGCUUCUCUUCGAAGGAGGAGUAGUGGAUUCUCGAGAGGCGCCUCAAUAUAUAGAGGAGUGACGAGACAUCACCAGCAUGGCCGAUGGCAGGCAAGAAUAGGCAGAGUCGCCGGAAACAAAGACCUUUACCUUGGCACUUUCAGCACUCAGGAGGAAGCAGCGGAGGCGUAUGAUAUAGCAGCGAUAAAGUUCAGAGGAAUAAAUGCGGUGACCAACUUUGACAUGAGCCGCUACGACGUGAAGAGCAUUGCCAACAGCAGCCUUCCGAUCGGUGGAUUGUCCGGCAAGAACAGGAACUCGACGGAUUCUUCUCCGUCCGAUGGAGUCGGACCUCGAUCCACCGCCACCGUGGACGACCGAGACCUCUCCUCGGGAAACUCCUCAGUGACAUUCGCAUCCCAACCUCCUCCACCACCACCACCACCUCCUUCAGGCUGUAAUAACAACUCUCUCACCUUCGCCAUACCCAUCAAACAGGACACUUCAGAUCAAUACUGGUCCUCGGUUCUCGCCGGGUACAACAAAAACCCUUCGUUAAUCCAACCAUCUUCCUCCACCAAUGGUUCCGUGACAUCUGUCCUUCCCUUCAACGUGGACCUCUCUACUCCCUCCAGCACGACCAGUGAAGGAAACAACAACAACAACAAUAACAAUGGGUUUUUCAGUGGAGGCGUGUUUGUUCAGCAGCAACAGAGUGGGAGUUCGAGUUCAUUGAUCCCAUUGGCCACGCCCAUAGCUUUAAAUAGUAACCCUAGUUAUGAGAGCUCUUCUGGUUAUGGAAACUGGAGCAUCAUUGGGCCUACCCUGCACAGCUUCCAAACCCAUGCAAAACCCAGUCUCCUUCAGACCCCAAUUUUUGGCAUGGAAUGAAUGGGCUAUAUAGCUAUUCUAGCUCCCUCUCUCUCGCAUGCAGAAAUGAGAAUCUGUGCAUAAUGAUGAAAGUGAAGGGACUUACAACACACCAGCUAGCUACCUCUCUGCCAAGCACGGACAAACUAGACAAAUCACGAGGAAACACAAGCAACGAUUAUUACACUGCUGGUAUAUGAACUGAUGGGCAGUGUAACGUGUGGGUGUUUUGUCUGGAUAUGAUUAGUUUGAGUCUGGGUUUUAGGGUUUAAACAUGCGGGGAGGAGGAGGGAAGAUGGUGAUGCUGAGGAUGAGAAUGAUGAUGUGGGGAAGGUUGGGAAUGAUAAUUGGACGAUGCAGAUGGAUGGAUGAGGUGACACUACUAAGAAAGGCGGUGGUGGUGUCAAAAGUGUUGGGAUUUAGCUUUUGCUUUUUUCUCAUUCCCUCUUUGCCUUUUGCUUUUUGGUUCUUAUUCCUUACUACUGUACUGCUGUCUACUGACAUGUUUUAUGUGGGUAUAAUGGGAAAGAAAUCCCUUUUGUAAUCCUUUCGUUUUGUUGGCACCUAUUACCAACUUUUGCCAUUAAUGAGAAAAAUAUAUCUAUCCUCUA